GCAAUUGGUAAGACUCGCAUUUAGCGCCGGCUCGUCGCUUGUUUUUCUUGAUAUGCUUACAAAUGAACGGGCAGAUUGUCUCUUCUAACACCUCGAGCUUACAGUUCAAUCUGAACAUGUCAGUUUUGACGAACCAGAAGCAUACGAGAGAAUGCCAAAGACAAAGUAACUGGUUGUGCUAUAAAUCCCAACAAGGCCGUGUCACUCUCUUGUCAAUUUCAAUCUUGUCAAAUCUCUAGACAAGUCACAAACGCUUCCCCAUCAGUACAACACCAUGAGAGGCGGCGAGUACUUUGCAGCCGGCAACGGCACCGACAUCUACUACAGCUCCGAGGGCGCGGGAGGGAUCCCGAUGCUCCUCAUCCACGGCUGGACCUGCGACCAAAACGACUGGGCCUUUCAGAUCCCCUUCCUCCUCUCCCUGGGCAUCUGGGUCAUCGCCAUGGACCUCCGCGGCCACGGCCACAGCGCCGUCUCGGACGCCGUGACCCAGUUCGACCCCGUCAGCAUGGUCGACGACGCCGUCGCCCUGCUCAAGCACCUCGGCGUGGACGGGAGGAGCAGCGGCGGCGCCGGCCAGGCCAUCGUCGCGGGCCACAGCCUGGGCGGCAUCGUGGCCAACGAGCUGGCCCUGCGCCACCCGGACCUGGUCCGCGGCGUGGUCAGCGUCGACGGCGGCGCCUACAUGACCCCCGACGACAUACAGCACGUCUCGCAGCUGCUGCGCGCCGCCGGGCCCGAGGGCGCAGCCCUGGCCACCACGGACUUUUGGGACGCCGUCGGGCUCCUGUCCGAGGACGCGCCGGUCUGGGUGCGGCCCUGGCAGCAGCGCCGCACCUGGGCCGUCGAGGGCCGCGUCGUGAUGGACACCUUCCUGCAGCUGGGCGACCACCUCGGGCCGAGCGGCGUCGAGUACCUGCGGCGGACGCGCGGGCGGGGCGAGGGGAGGGUCAUUCCUAGAUUUGUCACGUGUGCCGUGGACAGCAGUGUGGAAAUGGAGCGGGAGGCUGGGUUGGAUGCACGGGUGGACCGGGUCGAGGUGGUUCCGGGGGGUCACUUUCACCACGUGGUCUCGCCGGACAAGUUUAAUGCCUUGUUGAAGGAGUGGUUGACGGAGAGGGAAUGGAUCAAAUAGGCGGCUUGGAAAGGGUGGGUAGGGGCGUCUAUGGAAUGCACAUGGGCAUCCCGUGGAACUGUUUUGCUUUUAUCUCGGUUAGAACGGCGACAGUAUCGUCCGUGAUGAUAGAAUCAUGGAAACAAGCUUAGGCUUUGCCAAUGCCAAUCAAUGGGCGUAAAGUUGCUUGAAAUGUAUAUCUAUUUGGUAAACCUUGUUACAUGCGUACUAUAGUGGUAGGGGAAAAACUCACAUCCCCUGGUACAGUGUUCGCUGGUAUGGACUUUUGGGCUUUGCCGACUUUGGUAAUAGUUUUAAACAAAAAAAAUAAUUUAAAUGCUUGGUGAUUCCCUCGAACAGUUAAAUUAAGAAAAGCCCACGCU